CGCGGACAGGCCGGCCGAGGUGAGGGGCGCGGGGCACGGGACAGGGGGCGCGGACAGGCCGGCCGAGGUUCCUGGAGCGCCAUGUCCCCUCUGGCCGUGAAGCUGCCCUGAGAGGUUGCGGGCGAGUUGCCCGUCCCCGGGGCCAGGGGCAGGAUGACCAACUCGAGGCUCCUGCGGCUGUGGCUGGCGCUGGGCUCCGUGCUCAUGAUCCUCCUGCUCAUCGUGUACUGGGACAACGUGGGCGCCGCCCACUUCCACCUGCACACUGCCCUGUCCAGGCCGCGCCCCGCCGAGGCGCUGCCCACCGCUGGCCAGGGCGCCAAGGAGCUGACCUCGGACGUGGACGAGUUUUUGGAUAAGCUGCUCGGCUCCGGGACAAAGCAGAGCGACCCUUCCAGGAAGAGGACGGAGCGGCCCCCCGUGCCGGCCCCCAGCCAGCCGGCGCUGGGCGCCCUGGAGGAGAGUGUGCGGGGCUACGACUGGUCCCCGCACGGCACCCAGCACAGCGGGGACCAGGGCCUGCAGCAGGCGGCACGGAGGAGCGUCCUGCGGGACUUCUGCGCCAACUCCAGCCUGGCCUUCCCCACCAAGGAGCGCUCCUUCGACGACAUCCCCAACUACGAGCUGAGCCACCUCAUCGUGGACGACCGCCACGGGGUCAUCUACUGCUACGUGCCCAAGGUGGCCUGCACCAAUUGGAAGCGCGUGAUGAUCGUGCUGAGCCAGAGCCUGUCGGACCGCGGCGCCCCGUACCGCGACCCGCUGGCCAUCCCCCGUGAGCAGGUGCACAACUCCAGCGUGCACCUGACCUUCAACAAGUUCUGGCGGCGCUACGGCAAGUUCUCCCGCCGCCUCAUGAAGGCCAAGCUCAAGAAGUACACCAAGUUCCUGUUCGUGCGCGAGCCCUUCGUGCGCCUCAUCUCCGCCUUCCGCAGCAAGUUCGAGCUGGAGAAUGAGGAGUUCUACCGCAAGUUCGCCGUGCCCAUGCUGCGGCUCUACGCCAACCGCACCAGCCCGCCCGCCUCCGCCAGCCAGGCCUUCCGCGCCGGCCUCAAGGUGUCCUUCGCCAACUUCAUCCAGUACCUGCUGGACCCGCUCACCGAGAAGCUGGCGCCGUUCAACGAGCACUGGCGGCAGGUGUACCGCCUCUGCCACCCGUGCCAGAUCGACUACGACUUCGUGGGGAAGCUGGAGACGCUGGACGAGGAUGCGGCCCAGCUGCUGCGGCUGCUCAAGGUGGACACGCGGCUGCACUUCCCCCCGAGCUACCUGAACAGGACCGCCAGCAGCUGGGAGGAGCACUGGUUCGCUCAGAUCCCCCUGGCCUGGAGGCAGCAGCUGUACAAACUCUACGAAGCUGACUUUGUCCUCUUUGGCUAUCCGAAGCCGGAGAGCCUCCUCAGGGACUGAGCGCCCCGCGUGGGGGCUGCGGCAGGGAGGGUGGGGCGUGCC